CUCACGCCCCUUUUUCUCCAACCAAAACCUCAUUUGAGCCCUUUCUCUCCGCCUGCCUGCACCCCGCCUUACUUUCUUACCUCUCCUCGCCUCCUAGCGGUUGACCGUUACACCCGCCACCAUGCAGAACGAGGACGGAGAGUUCGUGGAUCUCUACACCCCGAGGAAGUGCUCGGCCACCAACCGUCUGAUCACAUCCAAGGACCACGCGGCCAUUCAGAUCAACGUCGGUAACCUCGAUGCGAAUGGCGUGUACACCGGCCAGUACAACACCUUCGCGCUCUGCGGCUUCGUGCGCGCCCAGGGUGAGGGAGAUAGCUCCCUCGAUCGGUUGUGGCAAGCUAAGAAGAAGGAGAUCAACCAGUAGUGUGUGCAUUCGCUGUGCUGCAAGGCAAUGAAGGGAAACGCACCCUUGAUUCAAAUGGCAUGUCCAACUCUGAAGGUGUUCUCUGUUGAAGUUGGCUUCAGCCCUGUUUAGCGUUGCCUUCACUGCAUGGUGCUUUGUUAAGCCAUAUUGGUUGGAAGGAGCAUCUAGUGCAGAUUAUCCAUUGCUCUGCUUGCUGUGGCACUUGCUGUGUGUGAUUGAUGAUUUGCCACUGGCAAGACGAGUCCAUAUGCUAUGCUCCAUAGCAGUACCAACAAAGAUUCUGACAGUACGAACACGUGGUUUGUAACAAUCAGAAACAUUUCACGGCAGU